CAGAUGGAACUGUUUGCUGUAACCGUAGAAUGUUUUGUAGUGCUAAUCCCCAGAGAGAGGAGGCUCUGCCGACUGCCCAACGAGAGGAAGCAAGUGAAGCGGCUUCAGGUUUAAACAUAAGUGGUGUGAGGAUUCAGCAUCGGGCCUCAAGUGCUGAGGUGCCUCAAGUUACUUUACUUCCCUUUGGUCCCGAGGCUCCAAAUAGUGCUCCCACCUCUGAACCCCGGCGCUGGUCCUUGCAGCAUGUGCCAGAUCUGUCAGCAAAUUCAGGGAAAAAGUUCUUUGUUCUCCAGUUACAGCAGCCACAGACAAACAGUACGGGUGCAGGAGGUGGAGGUAACUUUGGCUUUACCGGAACAAAAGGGGACAGAUUGGUCAGGUACCCUCGGAUACGGCUGGAAAGGAGUACUUCCUACCCUGUCCAGCCACCAGCAGAAGGAAUUAGCCCUACAAGUGAUGGGCUGAAUUUGGAGCUGCCUGGAAACAGCAGGAACAGGGCAGAAAUACCUAGAAGCAAUUCAGUAGAGCGGAUGCCUCAAGGGCAGGGAUGCUUGUUUAAAAUCAGACCGGAUCAAAACAUGAGGCAGCAGCACUUCAGGAUUCUUGUCAGGCGUGGGCCAGAGGAACAAAGUCAGGGUGUUGGUAAGGAGGGUCGUGGCACCCCGUGUCCUGCGGCAGCCGGCACCGCAACCCGAGACGACUUCCUGGGCCAGGUGGAUGUGCCGCUCAGUCACCUCCCGACUGAAGACCCAACCAUGGAGAGGCCGUACACAUUUAAGGAUUUCCUCCUCAGACCAAGAAGCCACAAAUCUCGUGUGAAGGGUUUCUUGAGACUGAAGAUGGCGUAUAUGCCCAAAAAUGGUGGCCAAGAGGAAGAAAAUAGUGAUCAGAGGGAUGACUCUGAGCACGGCUGGGACGUGGUGGAUUCCAGCGAUGCCGCAUCUCGUCAGGAGGAGCUGCCGCCUCCUCCACUGCCCCCUGGCUGGGAGGAGAAGGUGGACAACCUGGGGAGAACCUACUACGUGAACCACAACAACAGGAGCACCCAGUGGCACCGGCCCAGCCUCAUCGACGUGGGAUCUGAGUCAGAUAACAAUAUCAGACAGAUAAACCAAGAGGCAGCUCACAGGCGCUUCCGCUCUCGGCGCCACAUCAGCGAGGAUUUGGAGCCAGAGCCUGUGGAGAGUGGAGACAUUCCUGAGCCUUGGGAAACCAUUUCAGAGGAGGCAAGUGCCAGUGGGGAUUCCUUGAGCUUGUCACUGCCACCUCCUCCUGCAUCUCCGGUGUCCCGGACCAGUCCUCAGGAGCUCUCUGAGGAGCUGAGCAGAAGACUCCAGGUCACGCCUGAUUCCAAUGGGGAACAACUCGGCUCUUUGAUUCAAAGAGAACCUUCUUCACGACUGAGGUCCUGCAGUGUGACAGACGCAGUCGCUGAGCAGUCCCAGUUAUCCCUGCCUUCUGUGGCUUACGUGCACACCACGCCGGGCUUGCCUUCAGGCUGGGAGGAGCGCAAGGACGCCAAGGGCCGGACCUACUACGUCAACCACAACAACCGGACCACAACGUGGACACGGCCCAUCAUGCAGCUCGCCGAGGACGGGAUGGUGGGGCCGGGCACGAGCAGCAGCAACCACCUGAGCGAGCCACAGAUCCGGCGGCCCCGCAGCCUGAGCUCGCCCACCGUCACCCUGUCAGCGCCGCUCGAGGGCAUGAAGGACUCUCCGGUGCGCAGGGCGGUGAAGGACACCCUGUCCAACCCCCAGUCCCCACAGCCGUCCCCCUACAACUCCCCCAAGCCGCAGCACAAGGGGGCCCAGAGCUUCCUGCCCCCGGGCUGGGAGAUGCGCAUCGCCCCGAACGGCCGCCCCUUCUUCAUCGACCACAACACCAAGACCACCACCUGGGAGGAUCCACGGCUCAAGUUUCCGGUGCAUUUGAGAUCCAAAGCGUCUCUGAACCCCAACGAUUUGGGCCCUCUUCCUCCUGGCUGGGAGGAAAGAAUACACCUGGAUGGAAGAACAUUUUAUAUAGACCAUAAUAAUAAAAUUACCCAGUGGGAAGACCCCAGACUGCAGAACCCAGCCAUCACGGGCCCCGCGGUGCCGUACUCCAGGGAGUUCAAGCAGAAGUACGACUAUUUCCGCAAGAAGCUAAAGAAACCUGCUGACAUACCCAACAGAUUUGAGAUGAAAUUACACAGAAAUAACAUUUUUGAAGAGUCCUACAGAAGAAUCAUGUCUGUGAAGAGACCUGAUGUACUAAAAGCCAGGCUCUGGAUUGAAUUUGAGUCAGAAAAAGGACUUGACUAUGGUGGUGUGGCCAGAGAAUGGUUUUUUCUGUUGUCCAAGGAGAUGUUUAACCCUUACUAUGGUCUCUUUGAAUACUCAGCAACGGACAACUAUACACUUCAGAUUAAUCCUAAUUCAGGUCUCUGUAACGAAGACCAUCUGUCAUACUUCACGUUCAUUGGUCGGGUGGCCGGCCUGGCCGUGUACCACGGGAAGCUGCUGGACGGCUUCUUCAUCAGACCUUUCUACAAGAUGAUGCUGGGCAAGCCCAUAACGCUGAAGGACAUGGAAUCAGUGGAUAGCGAAUACUACAACUCUCUGAAGUGGAUCCUGGAAAAUGACCCUACAGAGCUGGAUCUCAUGUUCUGCAUAGACGAGGAAAACUUUGGACAGACAUAUCAAGUGGACCUGAAGCCCAAUGGGUCCGAAAUCAUGGUGACAAAUGAAAACAAGCGGGAAUACAUUGACCUGGUCAUCCAGUGGCGGUUUGUCAACAGAGUGCAGAAACAAAUGAAUGCCUUUCUGGAGGGAUUCACAGAACUGCUUCCAAUUGAUCUGAUUAAAAUUUUUGAUGAAAAUGAACUGGAGUUACUGAUGUGUGGCCUUGGCGAUGUGGAUGUCAAUGACUGGAGACAACACACCAUCUACAAAAAUGGUUACUGCCCAAAUCAUCCUGUUAUCCAGUGGUUCUGGAAGGCUGUUCUGCUGAUGGAUGCUGAGAAACGGAUCCGGCUCCUGCAGUUUGUGACCGGGACGUCACGCGUGCCUAUGAACGGAUUUGCUGAACUUUACGGUUCAAAUGGUCCUCAGCUGUUUACAAUAGAGCAGUGGGGAAGUCCUGAUAAGCUGCCCCGGGCUCACACCUGCUUUAACCGCCUAGACUUACCUCUGUAUGAAUCUUUCGAGGACCUGCGGGAGAAGCUCCUCAUGGCCGUGGAGAAUGCCCAAGGGUUUGAAGGGGUGGAUUAACUUGGCAGCAGCCAUUCCCUCUCCAAGCACGUUCUGCUGCCUCUGGCACCUGCCCGAGGGACUCGGAGGGCAUGUGGCACAGCAGUUGCCCGGCGCUGGCUCUGGAGCAGAGCCCGGCAGUGCGGGGGCCGAGCCCCGAGGCUGGGGCUGGCACCUGGGGUGGCCUUGCUGAUGUUCCCGCAGCCGUUGCGAACUGAUCACAUUUCAGCAGGACUUACUCUAUUUAUGUUGUGCCUCUGUAGGCAAAGCCCUUAAUAAAUAUUUUACACAAUUUCUAAUGGCAAUGAACGGGAUUAAUCAUUUUACAGGUAUAGUAUUACAACUCAUGUUUACUUCUUAAUUGAUUUAAGCAUUUUCAGAUUUUAUUUCAUUACAAUUAAAUAUCAUAUACUUGGAAAAA